CGCUCCAACUGGACCAACGAAGCAGUCUCUUGUUGUCCGUUCCUAUAAAGCUAGCUUUAAUUGACCGUGAACGUUCUUUCCCAAAUAAUGCUCACAUUCACGUUACACGUUUUAAAGCGAAAAUUUAACCGGGAAUAAGAUGUGUUCAACCUAAACAUAUUAAUUUGCCGGAAUACGGAUCGGGCAUUUAAUCCCCGUUAACGGUCAGAUAGGUGUUAGCUCCCAAGCUAAACAUGUAAUUUGCUUUGUACUACUUACAACUGUUUUGUGCUAUUUACUGUACUAUUUGUACUCGUUUGAGGUGACUAAUAAUGUUGCUUUGAACGUAGCACGGUAGGGGAGCAGGCUACUCCACGAAGAGGAACGCACCAGCCAUACUGUUGAGAGAGACUUGAAUAAAAGAAUGGAUCCAGUUUACCAGACAUACAUUCGCAUUGCAGCAAACGCUCCCGGUAGUUUUGACUGCAAUGAUGCAGAAACUUUGCACUCUGGUGGGGAACGUUCGAAAUCUGAUCCACAGCUGACGAGAAAAAGGAUUUUGCUUCGACACCUGGAGGAACACAUUUUUGGAAAGAAAGCUGCUAUUGCUCCAAAGAAGAUGAAACUGAGUGAGAAGGAACAUCUCGGACCAGAUUCUGUAGCCUCAACUCUCAGGAACAGAGUAAAUACAUUUUUGCAGCAGCAACAAUGUCCCAGCUUUGUGUUAAAGUGCAAUAUGUUUAAGCCACCUGUUGCAAGAGAGGCUCCAAUCCGCAGAUCAGAUCAAAAAUUGCUGGAAGACCAUCACCCUCUGAAGCGAAGAGUGAAAGCCCUGCUGAAGUACAUACAUGGUCAUUCCAGUGUCUUUGUAUCAAACCACCCGGUUCCUGAUCACACGGCCAUUAGACCGCUUGCUGCCCAAUUAUUUCCCAGACCACCACCUAUUGCAACGCCUCCUCUCAGUUCAAGUUUUGCUUCACCAGACCAGGAGGAGAGUGAUGCCAACAAAGGCUUUGAGUGCUUCCUAAGCUUGCUCAACAGUGGAGUCAACAUCGAACUGCUAAGUAAGAUUGUCAACGAUGACAGCGAAGAUCUCCAUUCCAAAGACGGGUCCGUGAACAUUAAGCCCAAUGAUGUCGACGCUGCUGGGGGGGAAGAGGAAGGGCAGUCGGUGGGGACUUCGCAAGAGGUUUCCCCGGUUCCUCAAUGUCACCCCAUUGAUGAUUUUCCACUUGAGCAGUCUCGAGAUGACACUCUGCGCGCAACCUGGGACCAAGUGAUAUCAAAUGAUGGGCAGCUGGUUCGUCCGGGGAUAGCGCGAGGUUUCCCUCACUUUGCAAUAAUUAGGGACAGAUUAUACAGAGUGAGCCGUGACACUCAGACAGGAGAGGAAUUUACCCAAUUGCUGGCGCCAAAAAAGCGCCGGGAAAUGAUUUUCCAGGCGGCACAUUUCAACCCGAUGGCCGGUCACAUGGGGUAUAAUAAAACACUCAACCGGGUAAUGGCCCGUUUCUAUUGGCCAGGCAUGCGGGCAGACUUGCGCCGCUGGUGCACGGCUUGCCCGGACUGUCAACUAGUCAACUCAGCGGCCACCCAUAGGGUGCCUUUGCGGCCAUUGCCACUCAUAGAGGUCCCAUUUGAGCGAAUUGGCGUGGACCUCGUCGGACCAUUUCACCCGAGCACCAAGGGUUAUCGCUUUGCGCUAGUCCUGGUGGAUUACGCAACGCGCUAUCCCGAAGCAGUACCGCUGCGCUCCAUCUCUGCAAAGAGUGUCGCGCAAGCGCUGUUUCAAGUUGUCUCCCGAGUUGGAAUCCCGAAAGAGAUUCUGACUGAACAGGACAUGUCCUUUAUGUCACGCACGUUAAAGGAGCUGUACGGAUUAUUGGGGAGCAAAUCCAUUCGGACCAGCGUUUACCACCCACAGACUGAUGGGCUGGCAGAGCGGCUGAAUAGAACCUUGAAAUCCAUCAUCUGGAAGUUCGUACACGAGGACAAACCAAAUUGGCACAAAUGGUUGGAUCCCCUGUUAUUUGCAGUGCGGGAGGUUCCUCAGGCCUUUACAGGGUUUUCCCCAUUUGAACUGUUGUUCGGCAGGAAGCCACGCGGGGUGCUGGACCUAGUUAAAGAAAGCUGGGAGGAAGGUCCAAGCCCCAGUAAAAAUGAAAUUCAAUACGUCAUGGAUUUGAGAGCGAAACUCCACACAUUGCGGCACUUGUCACGUGAGGAUUUGCUUCAAGCCCAAGAACGUCAGCAGCGCCUGUAUAACAGGGGGUUGCAACUCAGACAAUUUUCACCGGGAGAGAAAGUACUUGUAUUACUCCCAACGUCAAGCUCCAAAUUACUCAUCCAGUGGCAAGGACCCUUUGUGGUCACACGACGAGUAGGUGAUGUGGAUUAUGAGGUCAGGCGGUCUGACCUUGGCGGGGCAACACAAAUAUACCACCUCAACCUCCUAAAAGGAUGGAGGGAGGCUGAGCCUGAGCCUGUCUCCAUGGUAAUGGGGGAAGCAGAGAGCGAGGAGCUGGGUCCGAAAGUCCCUCCCUCCCCCCGGCCCUUCCCUCUCCGCUGUGAUAAUCAUCUCACGCCGUCCCAGAGAGCAGAUGUGGCCACUGUGCAGCAACGUUUUGCUGACGUGUUCUCCCCUAUGCCAGGCCGUACGGAUCUCACUCAUCAUCACCUAGAGACCAGCCCAGGCGUGACGGUGAGGUCUCGGCCCUAUAGGGGUGUUUUAGAUGGUCCUAUUGGCAGUGAGAACCACGAAUGUAACAAUUAUACUCUGAUACCAGAGGGAACAGAGCAGUCCACAUACGGACAGUACAGUACUGAUGCACCAGUACAGAGGAUCGCUGGUAAAAACCAAGAUCUGCAAUCCUUUGAUGAAACCCAUCAUGCACAGUCCAACCAGGAGUGUAAUACUGUUUCAGGUUAUAGUUUGCCUGAGCAUUCUCAAUUCAAUGCUUCUUUCAACGGUGACAACCGUUCUUCCUGGACACAUGAUCAUGGUUCCGGUUCCAUGUUCUCUUUUCCUUACUCAUCGUAUACAGACCACUCCCACCCCUCAAUUGCUUCCGCAGACUAUAAAUUACGCUACCGUGUCUACCACUCUCAUGAACAUGUCUAUAAGAAUCCAGACCUAUCCAUGAGGGAAUGUCAGUUUGGCUCAAGCACUGACCCGGGUUGCCUGCAAACAGUCGAACUGUCACGCCGUUGUGGUCAAUCAAAAGCUAAAAAAAAGAAAAAGAAAAAGAAAAAGCUACAACUAUCUGGGAAGUAGUGAAAGGAUACCAAAACCAAAAUGACAAGUGACCUUCCCAAGAUAAUCUCUGUAUUGCACAAAACACCAAGAGGUUGAUCAUCCAAUAAAGGGUAAAAAAGCCACCAACAGAAGAGGAAAUUAAAGCAAAACUGAAAAAAAAGGUUGGUAUAUUGUUUUUUUAAAUUUUUUAUAUUUGAUCAUUCUUCUCUCUUUCUGGUAAAAACGAGCAAGAUCCAAUACUAUCCUGAUGUAGCCACCAAGGAAGAGCUCACCACCUGUCAAUGUGACGACGCGUAUGCAGCAGUUACUGUAACCACGAUGGGAGACGAGGAAAGACUGGUGUUGUUUCCUUAAAUGUUAAUAAGAUUAAAAUGUUAUGCAGAGAUAUGCUUAUAACAAUUUUACAGACAAACUAUACAAUUUAUAGUCACAGUGGAGAGUGGGGGGAGCGCAAAAUAUUUUCUUCUUCCGAGGUGGGGCAUAAAACAAAAUAUUUGAGAAGCACUGCUAUAAGCUAACCUGCAAAACCACAACAUGGACACACAACACACAGGGUAAUGAUAUUGCUUGUCUGCGUGCAAACUGUUUCACAUGAUAACGCCCUAAUGGUUAGUACCGGUAUAUGUAUGGUCUUUUGAGUUGUCAGACUGUUUUUGUGGUCGUGAACACAUCAUUGGCUGAUUUGAGUGUGCGUGCCCUUUGGAAGCUACCGGUUAUUUUAAUAAUCGAGUAAUUUAUUGAUUCAGUUUGAUUAAUCGAGUAAUCAAAUAAAACACACUUUUUAACUUCAAUAUGACUUCUAGGGAAAAUAGUUGAAAUAAACAAGGAUUUUUCUAAUGGCCAUUUUUGUCUCUUAUCACAUAACAUUGAAAUCACACUUUUAAAAUGGAAGCAUCGCUGUAUUAUUUAAGGCGUGUAGCCUUCAACCAGGUCAUUGAUAAUAAAGGACCAAACUGAACAAAAAUACACAUUUGUAAUGAUAUUAAUUGGAUGUUUGAGAUUAAGAACAAACUUGUUAGCAUCAACAAACAGUGUUUAGCAAAACAUUUGUUCCGCAAGUCAAAUGUAUAAAAUUAUGUUUGGUUUCUGGUAAUGCACUGCAUCAUUGAAGUUGUGCUAUUGUGAAAUGUCAAAUCUGCUUGACAGUGCAAACAUUUCACCAUAAUGUCCGUCUUUUUUUUCCAGUUUUAAAUUAUCACAAAACCUUUCAUCAUUUCUAAGCUCUUUGCUGUCUUUGCCUUUUUCUGAGCCGUUUCUCUUUAUUGGCACACCACUAGUCCCCCCCUCCACUAAACUAUUUUAAUUGUGAACAAUUUUGAGUGUGUUGGAAUUAAAAUCACAUUGUUCCCAGAAAUGUAUUUAAAGUUAAUUGUAGCAUACCACCUCUCCUUUCCACUCUUCCACAUUAUCUUGGUGGAGGAGUUUGCAUGUCUAAAUGAUCCUGGGAGCAAGGUUGUCCAGGGUCUUCCAUGCCCCCUGGUAGGGUCUCCCACGACAAGCAGGUCCUAGGUGAGGGGUCUGACAAACAGCAGCUCGAAGACUUCUAUGGAGAUGCAAAAACCAAGACUCAGAUUUUCCUCGCCCGGACGCGGGUCACCGGGGCCCCCCUCUGGAUUCAGGCCCGGAGUUUGGGCAUGAUGGUGAUUGCCCGGUGGCCAGGCCUGUCCCCAUGGGGCCCUGCCGGGCACAGCCCGAACAGGCAAUGUGGGUAUCCCCUCCAAUGGGCUCACCACUCAUGGUAGGUGCCAUAGAGGUCAGGUGCGUUGUGACAUGGGCAGCAGGGCACUUGGCGGUCCAAUCCUCUACUACAUAAGUUAGUUUUUGGGACAUGGAACGUCACCUCACUGGGGGAGAGGGAGCCUGAGCUAGUGCGCGAAGUGGCGAAGUUCCAACGGGAUAUAGUUGGACUCAUUUCAAUGCACAGCAAGGGCUCUGAAACCAGUUCUCUCGAGAGGGGCUGGACUCUCUUCCACACUGGCGUUGCACGCAGUGAGAGGCAUCAGGCUGGGUGUGCAUCGCGUGGACAUUGGGUCGGUACCUCUGGAUUGGCAGACCGGGGUGGUGGUCCCUCUCUUUAAGAAGAGGAACCGGAGGGUGUGUCCCCACAAUCGUGGGAUCAAACUCCUCAGCCUUCCCGGUAAGGUCUAUUCAGGUGUACUGGAGAGGAAGCUACGCCGGAUAGUCGAACCUCAGAUUUAGGAGGAAUGGGGUGGUUUUCGUCCUGGUCGUGGCACUGUGGACCAACUCUAUACUCUCGGCAGGGUCCUUGAGGGUGCAUGGGAGUUUGCCCAACCAGUGUGCUUACAUGUGCUUUGUGGACUUUGAGAAGGCAUUCGACCGUGUCCUGUGGGGAGUGCUCAGAGAGUAUGGGGUUUCGGACUGUCUGAUUGUGGCGGUCUGCUCCCUGUACAAUCAGUGUCGAAGCUUGGUCCACAUUGCCAGCAGAACACGUUUCCAGUGAGGGUUGGACAACGCCAAGGCUGCCCCUUGUCACCGAUUCUGUUCAUAACUUUUAUGUACUGAAUCUCUAGGCGCAGUCAAGGCGUUGAGGGGAUCUAGUUUGGUGGCUGUAGGAUUAGGUCUCUUCUUUUUGCAGAUGAUGUGGUCCUGAAGGCUUCAUCUGGCCAGAAUCUUCAGCUCUCACUGGAUAAGUUCGCAGCAGACUGUGAAACGACUGGGAUGAGAAUGAGCACCUCCAAGUCCGAGUGCAUGGUUCUUGCCCCGAAAAGGGAGGGCCAUCUCCGGGUUGGGGAGGAGAUCUUGCCCACUGUGGAGGAGUUAAAAGUACCUCGUAUUCUUGUUCACGAGUGAUUUAAAAGUGGUUUGUAAAAUCAACAGGCAGAUCGGUGCGGCGUCUUCAGCAAUGCGGUCGCUGUAUCGAUAUGUUGUGGUGAAGAAGGAGCUGAGCCGGAAGGCAAAGCUCUCAAUUUACUGGUCGAUCUAUGUUCCGAUCCUCACCUAUGGUCAUGAGCGUUCGGUUAUGACCAAAAGGACAAGAUCACGGGUACAAGCGGCCAAAAUGAGUUUCCUCCGCGGUUGGCGGGGCUCUCCCUUAGAGAUAGGGUGAGAAGCUCUGUAACCCAGGAGGAGCUCAAAGUAAAGCCGCUGCUCCUCCACAUCGAGAGAAGCAUCUGGUGGUUCGGGCAUCUGGUCAGGAUGCCACCCGAACGUCUCCCUAGGGAGGUGUUUUGGGCACAUCCGGCCGGUAGGAGGCCAUGGGGAAGACCCAGGACACGUUGGUAAAAUUAGGUCUCCCGGCUGGCCCGGGAACGCCUCGGAAGAGCUGUACGAAGUGGCUGGAGAGAGUGAAGUCUGGGUUUCCCUGCUUAGGCUGCUGCCACCGCGACCCGACAGCGGAUAAGCGGCACAAGAUGGAUGGAUUAAUGUAGCAUACCAGCCGCUGGCCCACUACUGAAGACAUUUUCUGAGUUUAUUUUGACAUCUUCAGACAGCACAGCCGAGGUGGGACAAAGUCAUUGUUUUGCAAGUCACAAGUAAGUCUUAAGUCUUUGCCCUCAAGUCCUGAGUAAAGACAGGAAAGUACCCAGUCAAGUCCAAAGUCAAGACUGAAAAGUCUCAGGUCAAUUCCCAAGUCCUGCAUUUUGAGUUUCAAGUCCUUUUACCACAGACUACUAUAUUUACACGGAUUGUGUAUGGUUGUAAAACUUAUUUAUUUAUUAAAACAAGUGCAUUAUAAAUUGCAGGAUUAAAAAAUAGUGCUGACAUUGCACUUCAUAAUAGCACUAUUAAGCAAUCGUUUUAAACAUUUAACUCAUUCCUUUAAAGAAUAAACUCAGUGCAAUUGUACUUAUUUGCACAAAAUUGUA